AUGUUUUUAAAAGCAUUUUUUUUCCUACAUAACCAUAUCUUGUAUCAACCAAAGCUAUAUAACUUUACUGUGGAUAUAGAUUUAUGUGCACGUAUUCGCUGUCAUCCACAAGCUCAGUGUGAGUAUGGGUUCUGCCGCUGUAAAUAUGGUUAUAAAGGUGAUGGCUAUUGGAAUUGUGAGCCUAUUCAAAGUGAUCUAUGUCGGGAAGAACAAUGCCAUCAGUUCGCCAGAUGUGUUGAAGGUCGAUGUCGUUGUUUGGAUGGAUAUGAAGGAGAUGGCUAUCAGAUAUGUAAUCUAGUGCCUGGAGUAACAUCAGCAGAUUGUGGUAAUUGCAAUGGAAUUCCUUUCAAAGAAAUAGCUCAGUGUGUGGGUGGGCGGUGUGUUUGUGCCCGUGGUUUUAUUGAAGUUCAAACAGGGGUCUGUAUGGAAUGUGUGCAGGAUAAUUGUCACCGAGAUGCCGUCUGUCGACCGGACAAUAGAUUUAAUGGUGCAUACUCAUGUCAUUGUAAAGCUGGUUUUGUUGGUGAUGGAGUAUCAGUUUGCAAGCAUGAGAGUGUAGGUACAGAGGAUACUACAGCUCAACACCCCUAUAACCCUACAUGUGAUGGAGGCUGUAGGAUACGAAACUCAGAAUGUGAUCGAUAUACUGGAACGUGUAAAUGUCGAUCUGGUUAUGAUGGAGAUGGAGAGAGAGGUUGCUACUGGAACUGUAAGCUAUGUCAUCCGAGUGCAAUUUGUGAUCGUGAAAAUGAAAGAUGCAUUUGCCCAUCUGGUUUUCGUGGAGAUGGACAAACAUUUUGCGAACAAAUUCCAGUUAGACAAGAUUCCUUGAAAGUCCGAAUAAUGGGAGAAGGUGAAGUAAUGCAUAUAACAGACAUUUCUCAUCCACUGCAAUUAAGAUGUUUCGUAACUGGAAGUGAUCAGUCAUAUUCCGGUCAAUGGAUUCAACCACAUUCUGCUCAAGAAGCGAUAAUAACUAAAACCAGACAACAAGAUGGCUAUGAAAUUUCCCUGCAUAUAAAUCAACCUACAAUAACCGAUAGUGGGCGAUAUGAGUGUCGUGCUGGGAAUGUUGCUGCUUUCAUAGAUGUAAAUGUGGAAGAAUCAUCGAUUCCUUUCACUGUACUACUGACAAGUGAUGAUGGAAUUUUGAUGACACAAUCUACCGAUUCUAAUAUCAGCAAAGCUACUUUAUGGAAUAUUGCUGAAAACAACAAAUAUGGUCGUGUCUCCAUGGUUGGUGAUUGUAAUAAUCAACGAAUUAUCUACACAUCUGAUUAUGGUCAUGCUAUCCGAUGGGGUGAUUCAAACUCUGGACAAAAUAAAUUAGUAACAAAAGAAAUUUACACGUCCCAAGUCAGUCGAUUUCGUAAUUUAGCUGCAGAUUCAUUGUCUGGAAAUGUAUUUGCAUGGGAUGAAGCCUAUGGAAAAAUUAUGGUAUUUAAUCCUGAUAAACCAAAUAUUUAUUAUACACUUGGAAAUUUACAUAGUUUAACUUCUUCGGAACAACAGAAUUUCGCUGGACUAGCUUUACAUUCUACAUUAGGUCUUAUGUACUGGGCAAUAUACACAGACGGUUGGAGACCGAAUGGUACAAUCCAAGUAGCUUCAAUGUCCGGUGAAAAUGAAGAGCAAUUAUUACAAUUAACUGGUGAGCCAUUAGCAAUUAGUAUAUCACCAGCAACACCAGUGAAUGGUAAUUCCGCUGGAAAAUUAUGUUGGAUGCAAAGAUCUUCUAAAGGAAUGUAUGGAUUAGUUACGGAAUUACACUGUGCACGAUUAGGUCAAACAGGAAGAGAGAUAUUAACCAAUGAGAAAAUAAGAGAAUUUAGUCCUUCUGAAGAACCAUCAUUUGGUAUGACACAAUAUAAAGGAACAUUAUUAUGGACAGAUGCUUCAAAGACAGUGUAUUACUCUAUUAAUCCUGAUCGCCGGAUACGUGUGCGUUAUGUCUGUUGUUCCAAUCGUUUCCAAGCCCUAUCAGUAUUAGGUGAUUGUCCACAAGCUUCAACUAAUCCAUGCACUUAUUCUAAUGGACGUUGUCGUUUUAUUUGUUUACCGAAUGAUGGUGGUAGAUCACGUACAUGUGUAUGUCCAGAUAAUGAGCCUGGAUGUCAUAAAGAAAUGUAAAAUGUAUCAAUUAUAACUAAAUGAAAUGAUAAAUCCAUUUUUAUCCCAGUUCAUAUUUUUCAACUUAUAUCCACCUUAUGUUUAUGUUACUGAUGUCGUUCAAUCUUCAAAGCUCUAUGUUAUUCACACAAUGAUUCGUCAGUAAAUUUAAAUUUCCUUUUUACAAUUUCAAUAUCAUACGUUACGUUUAGAUAUUCACAAAAGUUGUUUUCGUUUAAAAUUCAAACAUUGUUUGGUAAGGUUUAUUCUUGAAAUGCAAAUCUUUGUCUUACAUUUUAGAACACUUGCAUGUUGUAUUUUAUUUUACUUAUCUAUGUCAAUUGGAAGAGUUACAAUGAAAAUAGGUUAAAUAAUCUAAAAUAAUUUUAUCUAAUUAACUGCAUUCGUAUUCGUCAACUUAAAGCUGAUAUUCAUUAAUUGAAUACUUUUCUUAGAACUAGUUUCUUAUGUAUUAUUCAAACUUCGGUGUCACUAUGUGCU